CUUUGAGGAAGUGAGCGGUUUUUAAAAGUGAAAGUAGUGAUUUGGAGCCUACUUUCAGGAACCAUUCGGCUUUGUUAUUAAUUGAGCAUUUCCUGGCGUGUUAUUUAAAAUGCAAAUGGCUGCGCUCAGCUGUACAAGCGGCGAGGAGGUGAGGGAGUGAUAUCUGAACCCAAAAUAAAGAGAACCUGACCAGUUAAGACGCCGUUUUAAAGAAGCUGGUAUACAGGCUGGCGGCGAAUAGAGUUGCCAUUUGGGGGCAAGGCAAGUGUCGGGGCCGUAGCUGUUAUAACAAAGGUAGAUCAUUCAACCUGUCGCGAAGGCUCCUGCAGUAACAAAACUUUGACACUGUGAGAAAUACAAGAACAGGGCCGUAAUGGCGACAGGUGCCUCAGGCCACCCAGGUGGGAGCUUCAACAAAGACAUGACGCUCGAGCAGGAUCUGCCCAGUGAUGGGACGUGUGACGCCUGUGACCCUGACGACCCUCAGUCGGCCGUCAAGUUCUGUGCCAAGUGCAGCUUUGCGUUUUGUGAGGAGCACGGCAGACAGCACCAGACGAGAAGCCUGCACGAUCUCGUGGAUUACGGCGCGGGGAUGCGCCCCUCCGUCAGGGCGAUGGAGCAGGCAGAAGGCAGCCUUCAGGAGGGGGUACUGGGGGCUUCCUGCAGCCCAGAAAUGGACGAUGCCCAGGCUGGUGGACCUCACCAAGCAGAGAGUGAAGACGGCCACGAGCAGGCUGGUGCUUCACGGGUUAGAAACACAGCCACGGUGGAGAGACUGCGGUGUCAGGAACACGGCCAGGAGGGAACGCUUUACUGCAAACCGGACGAGAAGAUCAUCUGUGUGCUGUGCGCUGUUCAGGGGUCGCACCGGGACCACCAGAUCAUCACUCUGCCAGAAGCCUUUGCAGCUUUUCGGGCGAAGGAAGCCAUCGAUCUUCAGAGGGCCACAAGGGAGAUGGCAGACAGAAUCAAAACUAAAUGGACCGACCCGAACAUCAGGGCGGACGCACUGGAGGCCUUUGUGCACGAGCAGUUUGACGAGCUUCACCGACUGGUGCUACUCGAGCAGAGACGCGCGCUGCACCUGGUCGACCUGAAGGAGGCGGUGGCGACGGCGCACGCCGCUGAGAAGAUGGCAGAGAUAAACUCGGAGACGGAGAAGUUGAAAGAAGAAAUGGAGGAGAUCAACAAACAGUUGAGUGCCUUAUACCAGAAUGCCGAGCCGCCUCAGGAGGGCGCUGUUCAGAAGCCAAGGCAGGAGCCCAGUGAGGACCCACCAAUGGACAGAGAAGAUGGGAACCUGGGAGCUGCCCCCUGAUUGGUAGCCCCACGAGCCUGGACCUGACGUUUUUAAAAAGUAGACAUAGACGAGAGGUGUGGUGGGCCUGCUGAAUUUAUUACAGGAUUUUAUGGAAGCUUCCGCACGAUCACCAUUGAGAUUGCCCGCCGUGAGCAAGAGGGACUUGAAAACGGAGGUUACAGACGGAUGGCAUUGUCACUUCUCACUGACGCCGCAUGGCUGGUCUGCUAAGCUUUCUGUGGCUUGGGUUUUGUGUUUUUCUAGAUGAGAAGUGGUGGGGGGUCUUCUAAUCAUAAAGGGGGUUUGAUUUGAUUAUAUUGCCUUUGUGCGCACAUCUGGGCUUUAAGGAGGUGGCUUGUCAUUCCCUGUACCUCCAAACUUGCAUUUGGGGACAUUCUGGUGUGUCCCAGUCCUUAACGUGAGUUUGGUCAAGUUGGCAUCUGUGUGUUUUUUACUUUUAUUAUUCAAUCAUGUUUGCUGUGACCGCGGGCCCCCCUUGAUGUUAUGAAAGAAUUGAGAGGCCCACGUGAGUGGCACCCAAACAUAAUGUCUGACCUUGAUUACCAUGUGAUGAAAUGAUACUUUAUGAAGGAUUCAUGACGUUUUAAAUCAUUAAGAAUAUG